AUGGCAUAUAAGUACAUAUUUACACAGCCGAGGUUCAUGAAAUUCUAUAGUGUAAUACCAAAGGGGCUAUUUCACAUAAACAACGGUCGUGUUGUUGGCUUGCGCGCCUAUCCUGGCCCUCGACGGCCUCCCGGGCUAUUCGAUCUACUCACAUACUGGGGGUAUGCGCCAAACGGGGCUUCGAUGCGGUCUAAUACUUUAAAGGUGCGGCAGACUGUCGACAGCCUCAGAGGGAGUUCAGUGUGUAUAUACACACUCGAUGCAGGCAUUAGAAUACCAGACGAUCUGAUACUGGUCCAUGAGAUUAAGGAUCAUUACUCCCGGCAGGGCCAGGGAGAUCAUGACAAUCUCGAUGCCAAAAUCACUAGCUUCCUCCAGAGGAGUGGCCGGUGUCUUUCAAAAGCAGAGUGGCAACGAGAGUACCCGGAGGCGACGGAAACGGAGUAA